CAAAAUUAAACACGCCAUUCUUCGUGUUUUAUCCAAAACCAGUCGAUGGUUAAAUAAAAUAAAAAACAUUUUAUUCCACUUUAUUUAUUGCUGCUGACAGUCAUCGCAUUGAUUUCAGUGACAAGCGCUUGUGAGUUGUCAAUUAAAGUUAACAAUUGUCAAUAUUACUGAGUUAUUUUUUAUCGAGUUAAAAAUACUCGUCUAUUGCCUCGCUAGAAAAUUAAAUAAAAAUAAAAAAUGUCAUGGAACAGUGAUGGAUUAAUUUGUUGACAAAUAUUAUUAUUAAUAAUUCAACCUUGAGCUCAAAUCAAAAUAAUAAUUUAUACAAAAAAUAUUUAAUAUGGUUUUGCGGCAUGGUAGCUUUUUCCUGUCGAAAAACUUAUUGAGGAUAAAAUCUAAUAAUGAAUUUAGUAAAUCAAUUCGUCAUUUUGUAAGACAGAAUCCACCGGUACCAAAGCUUACUCCAGAUGAGGUAACUAAAAUUUUAAGGACCAAUGAAUUCACUAAAGAAUUUGAGGAUAAUUUUUCAGUAAAAUCCUAUGACACUAAUCAAUUAGCAUCAAAUAAUCCUAUAGAGGAUAUGAGAUCAGAAGCUAGAUGUAAAAUUACAAAUGACUUCUUAUUGGGAAUUUUCGACGGACAUGGAGGUAACGCGUGCUCGCAGGUUGUCUCGAAGCGGUUGCUUUACUAUAUCGCUGCUUGCUUGCUGCCAAAAUCAACUCUACAAGACAUCGUCGAGACGCAAAAGUCUCCAAUGGAGGUAAAAAAUAAUUUACUGGAGACAUUUAAUGAUAUUCCGAAAUUCGUGUCAGAGUUGGAGAAACUCUACAAUAAAAGUUAUUUAACUUUUAUUAAAGAAUUGGCUAAAUCGAAUAAGUCUGAUUUAGAAGUAGAAGUUGCGCUCGAGCACGCGUUUCUACACCUCGAUCAGGAUUUGUCAACAGAGGCUUUUGAAAAAUUGGAGAGAAAAGAACUGGCCAGGACACUGUCAGUCGCUAUGUCUGGGUCUGUUGCUAUUGUGGCAAGGAUUGAUGGUCGUGAUCUUCAUGUUGCUAAUGUUGGAGACUGUCAAGCUGUUCUGGGUGUUCAUUCUGAAAAUGAAGGAUGGUCUGCACUACCAAUGAGCAUAGAACACAACGUAGACAACCGAGAAGAAGUCGACAGAAUAUUAUCAGAGCAUCCCGAGCGCGAAAAAAAUACAGUGAUUAAAAUGGAGCGACUUCUGGGUCAAUUAGCACCUUUGCGUGCCCUUGGAGACUUUCGCUACAAGUGGAGUCGAGAUAUUAUGAAUAAAAUAAUAGUCCCGUACUUCGGUGAGACUGCAGUUCCUCCAAACUACCACACACCGCCAUAUUUAACUGCUAGGCCUCAAACCACUUACCACAAGUUAACGCCAAAAGAUAAAUUUUUGAUCCUGGCAAGCGACGGACUUUGGGACUUGAUGACUCCUCUCGAAGCUGUGUAUCUUGUUGGCGAGCACAUGACCAGUAAAGUGGCCAUGAAUCCUCUUUCGAUGCCUUUUGAUGACAUGAAACUGUCGGAGAUAAAUAAUUUGCUCAUCCAGCGCAAGGAAAGUCUGAAAAAAAAGCCAUUAGAUGACAAUGCUGCGACUCAUUUAUUGAGAAACGCUCUCGGUGGUACUGAGUACGGCAUUGACAACUUAAGAUUGUCAAAAUUUUUAACGCUGCCUAAUGAAGUCGUGCGUAUUUUCAGGGAUGAUAUUACAAUUACUGUUGUUUACUUCAACUCGGAAAUUUUGCAAAAUUAUACGUAAUAUUUUUUAUGAUAUUAUAACCCUGGUUAAGAAUACUGAUUGAAAAGAAUUGUUUGCACUCUAUGCAAACUGUACACUGAGAAAAAAUAGUAUAUUACAUACCUAGGCCAGUAAAAUAAGAAAUGUCUCAGAUCACAUGAAAUU